AUGCCUCCUCCACCUCAUAUCAAGCCCGAAAAUGUCCUCAAGAGGGCUAGGGAACUCAUUGCUGUGGGCCAGGCUCCUGCCGCGCUCACGGUUCUUCACGAACAUGUUACCUCGAAACGAACUCGUAGCAGCCCCGUCGCGUCUUUGGAACCGGUGAUGAUCCUGUUUGUUGAACUCUGUGUCGAUUUGCGCAAAGGAAAAGCCGCCAAGGACGGUCUUUAUCAGUAUAAGAACAUCGCGCAGAACACCAAUGUGGGAACCAUCGAGACUGUUCUCAAGCAUUUCAUCGAACUCGCCGAGCAAAAGGUUACCGAGGCUCAAGCCAAGGCCGACGAAAUUCAGUCAUCGCUCGAGUCGACUGCCCCUUCGACCAACGUCGACGACCUCGAAGCCAUUGAAACUCCUGAGACUAUUCUUUUGGCUACUGUGUCUGGCGAACAAUCCAAGGACCGUACCGACCGUGCUAUCGUUACCCCGUGGCUCAAAUUUUUGUGGGAAACCUACCGAACUGUGCUCGAGAUAUUGAAGAACAAUGCUCGUCUCGAGAUUAUGUAUCAAACGACUGCCCUCCAGGCUUUCCAGUUCUGCCUCAAGUAUACUCGCAAGACCGAAUUCCGUCGUCUGUGUGAACUUCUGCGCAACCACGUUCAGAAUGCCGCCAAAUAUUCCACUCAGAUGCAUGCUAUCAACCUGAGCGAUCCGGAUACUCUUCAGCGCCACUUGGAUACUCGUUUCCAGCAGCUUAAUGUGGCCGUUGAGUUGGAAUUAUGGCAGGAAGCCUUCCGUAGUGUGGAGGACAUUCACACCCUGUUGAGCCUCAGCAAGCGACCUGCAAAGAACGUUAUGAUGGCCAACUACUACGAAAAGCUCGCUCGUAUCUUCUUGGUGAGCGAGAACUACUUGUUCCAUGCGGCUGCCUGGAACCGCUUUUACAACCUCUUGCGCCAGUCUGCUGUUACUCUCGCCACAGGCCAGGGAGCCAAGAAGGACAACCCUUCUGUCACAGAGGCGGAUAUGACCAAGGCUGCAUCCUUUGUUUUGCUUGCUGCUCUCUCAAUUCCUGUCAUCAGCACCUCUCGCUCUCGUGGUGCUCUAGUCGACGUAGAUGAAGUGAGGAAGAACAAGAAUGCUCGUCUUACCAACUUGCUCGGCAUGGCCCAGCCCCCCACUCGUGCUGCUCUUUUCAAAGACGCUCUCAACAAGGGCUUACUCAAGCGUGCUCGCCCAGAGAUCCGUGACUUGUACAACAUCCUUGAAGUUGAUUUCCAUCCAUUGUCAAUUUGCAAGAAGAUCACUCCUAUCCUUAAACAGAUUGGUGCUGAUCCUGAGAUGGAAAAGUAUGUUGUCCCCUUGCAACAGGUCAUCCUCACUCGUCUCUUCCAGCAGCUUUCUCAAGUGUACGAGUCUGUUGAGCUCAAAUUCGUUUAUGAGCUUGCCCAAUUUCCCGACCCAUUCCAAGUCACUCAGUCGAUGAUUGAAAAGUUCAUCAUGAACGGUUGCAAGAAGGGCGACUUGGCCAUCCGUGUUGAUCAUGUGGCUGGUGUUCUUACUUUCGACUCCGAUAUUUUCUCAUCUGCUAAGGCUCUGCACCCAGGUAGUGCAGCGGGAUCCGCCGAAAGCGAGGUGGGAUCUGUUCAACGCUUGCAGAGCACACCGGCUGAAAUCGCUCGUUCUCAGCUUACUCGCCUGGCCAAGACAUUGCAUGUUACUUGUCUCUAUGUUGAUCCUUCUUAUACUGCAAGCCGCCUGGAGGCUAAGCAGCGUGCACAUGCCCGUGCCUUGGAGGGUGCUGCAAAGGAGCACCAGGAGACCUUGGCCCGUCGUGUUAUCAUCGAGAAGAAGAAGGAGGCUGCCACAGAAUCUCUUCAGCGCAAACAACGUGAAGAGGAAACUCGCAAGAGAAUCCGCACUCAACAACUCCAGGAAGCUGAGAAGCAGAGACUGUUGGAUGAGCAUCGUGAACGUGAAAAGAAGCGUCUCAAGGAUGAACAAGACCGCAUUCGUAAGCAGGAACUGAAGAAGCAGCUUGAAGAACUAAGCGGCGUCAAAGGCAUUGAUAUCAAUGAGAUUGACCCUGAGGAGCUCGACAGCAACCGUCUCCGUGCCAUGAAAUUGGCCCAACUUGAAAAGGAGAAGAACGAGCUCAAUGACCGCAUCCGUAUCACAGCUAAGCGAAUUGACCAUUUAGAACGUGCCUUCCGUCGCGAGGAGCUUAAACAUAUUCCGGAAGAUUACGAAAGACAGAAACAGCAUGAUAUGGAGGUCUACGAGCUUCAAAAGGAGGAGACGUUGAAGGAAGCUCAAUUGAAACACAAGGCUGACGUCGCUCUCAAACACCGAUUGAGCCGUCUUGUGCCAGUCUUCACUGAGUUCCGUGAUAGUCUCAAUGAGAAGCGUCACGAAGAGUUCGAGAAGCGCCGCAAAGCCGCCGAGCGAGAACUUGAGGCGAAGAAGAAGCAACGUAUCAAGGAGGUCAUGGAGCGUCGUCGUCGUGAGAAGGCAGAACGUGAGGAAGAGGAACGCCGCAGAAAGGAGGAAGAAGAGCGUAUUAAGCGUGAAGAGGAGGAACGUACUGCACGCGAGGAGGAACAGAGACGUAUUAUGGCUGAAAGGAAAGCUCAGAGAGAAGAAGAGAGAAGGAAACUUGACGAGAUCGCCGUCAAACAGAAACAACGUGAAGAGGAAGCUGAAGCUCGCCGCGCAGCUCGCAAAGCCGGCGGCGUUCCUGAACCCACUCGUGCUGAACCUGUCGCUGAACGCGGUGAAAGAGGCCCACCAAGACUCAACCUGGCUCCUCGUGGUGGUGCCGGCACUGGCGCAAGCUGGAGAGAGCGUCUCGCAGCCAAGGAGGCCGCAGGAGAGACCGCUGCUGCUACUCCCACCGCGGCUCCUGCCGCAGCCAAGGAAGAACCUACUGCCACCCUACCACGCAAGACCGGUGGUUACGUUCCCCCCGCCAUGCGUCAAGGUGCCGGAGCCCAAUCAGCCAGAUCCGCUGCCCCUCCUGCAUCAACCGAGAAGUACAUCCCUCGUCACCAGCGUGAAGGAAGCGGUGCCCCUGCUCCCAGACCUUCAGCAGCUACCAGCGAGCGAUCCGAAGAAAGCAAACCAACCGGUGGCAAAUGGGUCCCUCCUCACAAGCGCGGACAACAGUAACUUUUGUUCCAGUCGUUACUUUUCAUUUCUCACGACAACGGAGGUUUAUUCAAAUAAACUUUUGGGGUCUGUCUCUUCUUUCUUGGUUUCAUGCGAAAAGUACGGUUUUAGUUUCUUUACUUGGUUUCUCUCAUGUUUUAUGUGACCAUGUCCAUAGUAGCAUCAUUUCCAUCUUCUCCCUUUCUUGAUCGAAAUUUGAGGACGUUUAUGGGAAAGACCUUGAUAUCUCGAUUCAGACUUUUCUUCUCUUUACCCUUCUCCGCAUAAUUUUUCUCCUGAAGUAUCUAUCCCCUUUGCACGUGUUUUCCCCAUUCCCCCUUACUCUUUUAUCAUGUUAUAUGGAUGAUCGAAGCAGGAGAUUAGACUGACCUAGAAUGGAUGUUGGGUGAUGAAUCAACAUGGUAUCGAUAUAUGCUUUUUUUGGUAGCUUCAUAAUCCAACUGAUUACGUACUCG